UGGCCCUCGCCCACUUAAAUAUUAACCCACAUUGAGUUGACUCUAGACAGCUUUCAGAUCUAAAUCUUGAAAUUGUAUAAAAUGAUAAGCAAUCAUAUAUGCAGAGAUAUAUCAACUUCUUUCAGAUCUAAAUCUUGAAAUUGUAGAGAUAUGGAGGUGCUUCAAUUGAUAUCUUUAGAUCACGUCCACCCUCACGAUCUCAUCUUCUGCGAGCAAGAAGUCAUACACCUAAACGCCCAUGAAGAAAUUUUUUGCCAUGCAUGCUCGAAAUCAUUGGAGGGUGCUAGCUUCUACUAUUGCGGUGAGUGUUAUUUCUUUCUUCAUAAGACCUGUGCAGAGUUACCCCCUGUGAUUAAACACCCCUCACAUCGUAAACACCCUCUGAUUCUUCACCCGAAUUCACAAUCCAGUCCUGAUGGAUCUCUCUGUGAUAUGUGUGGGCUAAAGAUUGGCAACUUCCUUUACAAUUGCUAUUGCGACUUUGACCUUGAUAUCGAUUGCGCUAUGGUUGCACGGUGCUUCUUUCAACCUGAAGGUCACAACCAUCAUUUCACUGCGUGGUGUAGGUCAGAUCCAUUUACAUGCGAUUUUUGUGGCACGUAUAGUGAUCGGUCUGAAUACACGUCAGAAGCUUUGGUCCCUUGGAUAUGCACUAAAUGUCAUGUUGUAGUUCAUGGUAAAUGUAUGUCACUGCCAUUCACAGUUCACUUACCACAACAUGAUCACCCCCUCAUCCACACUUACUGCAUUACUGAAAGUCAGUCUAUUGUUUUAAUUUGUAGAGUUUGUUGUCAAGAAGUGAAUAGAGAAUUUGGAUGUUAUUCUUGUCAAAAUUGUCCCUGUGUUGUCCAUGUCGACUGCAUAAUAGACAACGUGCAAGAAGUAAGACAAAAGUUCUGGGCAGAAGAAAUUGAGGCAGCGAACAACCAAUUAGUUGAACAAGAGAUUGAACAUUUCAGUCAUCCUCGUCAUAAAUUAAUUCUGUUACAACAUGAUGAUGAUCACGAGAUUGAAACAAAAUGCGAUGGCUGCAUGCGUCUCAUCUCUUGUCCCUUUUACAGGUGUCUAGAAUGUGAUUUUUCUCUCCAUAUCACCUGUUCCAAAUUACCGAAACAAAUCAAUCACCCACUUCACCCACAACACCCCCUAACCCUUGUUCCAAACAAUGAUAAGUUCACUCUCUGUUGUUGGGCUUGCUCAAAUCCGUUCCAUGGCUUCUCCUAUCGUUGUAGAGCUUGUUUUGGAUUCACAAUUGAUAUCCGAUGUGCUUUAGUCAAUCCUCUAGAAUUCUACCAUGAUAGUCAUAAGCACCCCCUCAGUGUGUUCACCCAAGGCAAUAACUAUCCACAAUGUACUUCUUGUGGCAAGGCCUGCAGGGAAGACGACAAGUACAUGCUCCGAUGCAAAGAACGAUGUCCCUUCGCAUUGCACUAUGGAUGCGCCAUAUUACCACGUACAAUCAAGUAUGAGUAUGAUGAGCAUUCUCUUGUCCUCUUAUACCAUGGAAAUGAUGAUUCGGAUGGGUUUCCUUAUUGUGAUAUUUGUGAACAAGAUAGAAAUCCUAAUCUUUGGUUUUACGCUUGUCCUAAUUAUUUGGAGUGUCCAAUUUAUGUUCAUCCUGAAUGUGCUCAAGGUGACUGCCCCUACGUGAAGCUAGGAACUAGUAUCAAGGCUCCCGAUCUGCACGAACAUGAGCUCUUUUUCAUCCGAAGGACGCAAGACUUCCUUCCAUGUCACUUGUGCAGUAAGAAUGAUCAAGAAAUAUCCCUUGAGUGUAACAAGGAAAAGUGCAAUUUUAGCGUUCAUUUCUAUUGUGCCAUCCUUUGAGGAUCAUUACCGGGACUAUUCAUUUGGGUACUUGUAGUUCUCAAAGCUAGUCCUUUUGGUUCAUUCUAUUACCGUUGUGGAUUAGACGUCUCUGUCUUCUUCUUUUGGAAUCUCUGUAAAGAUGACCGUUGGUCAUCUGAUUCUUUGCUGUACCUUGCAUUCUUUGCGGUACCUUUGAUACACAUAUUGCUCUCUGGCUUGAGAGUCUUGUAAGCUUUCUCAAUAUAUUUGAAUCAAUUAAUUAUGAAAUCAGACUUUUUUUU